AUGGAAACCUUCUGUGAUCGACACAAGCACCUUCCGUGCUACGUACCUGAGGACAAUGACUCCAUGGCUAGUAGCUACCUCUUGCUUGACGAGUAUAUGCGCUUCAUGGAUAAAGUCGAAGGCAUGAUGACGUCUAGUGGUCCUAUCUUGGAUGUUGGCGUUCCGAAGGCAAUGGAGCAGAUUGUCUUGGAUAAGAAGUCGUUCGUCGAACGCGGGGUUAUCUAUGAUUGGGGUAGGGCAGAUAUGAAGCCGGCUAAGGAACUUAGCUGCGGUACCCGUCUCAACAUGGAGGAACUGGAAUUUUAG